AUGGUGAACAUCGGGUUUCCCACCCCCGACAAUCCAAACCGCGGAUGGCACGUGUGGAUCAUAGGGACCGUCAUGGUCCUCAUCGCCUCUGUCUUCGUGAUCGUGCGCCUGGCUGCCCGGUACUUCCGCAGUCUCAUCCAGAUGGAUGACUGGACUAUCCUCGCUGCCCUGAUAUCGUGCUCCAUGUUCACGCUCUCUCACAAUCUGGCUGUCCAGCAUGGAUACGGCCAGCAUGACUUCAGCCUCACCAAGGAGCAAAAGACGGAGGCGCUCAAGGCCAUCUUCAUCACCCAGGUCCUCUACAAAGUCGUCAUCUGCCUCACCAAAGUGUCCAUCCUCCUGCUCUACAUCCGCGUGUUCUCCGUGGCCAAAUACUUCACCUGGUCGUGCUUCGGCAUGAUCGCCUUCACCAUCGUCUCCUCCAUCGCCUACGUCUGCUCCACCAUCUGGCAGUGCAAGCCCGUGUCCGCCUUCUGGACCCGCUCCGGCCAGUUCACCUGCAUCAGCAACCACAUCUCCUGGCUCUCCUACGCCCUCAUCAACAUCAUCACCGACUUCAUCAUCCUCCUUCUGCCCGUCCACCAGGUCCUCCGUCUGCAGCUGAAAACCCGCGACAAGAUCGCCGUCAUCAUGAUUUUCAUGCUGGGUGGAUUCGUCUGCAUCACCAGCAUCAUCCGAACAACCAGCAUUGCCGCCUCGGCCAACCUGAAAGACAUAACCUGGAACACCAUCCCCGUCUCCGUCUGGAGUGCCAUCGAAGUCAACACCGGCAUCAUCUGCGCCUGCCUGCCCAUGAUCCGCCAGCCGCUAGCCAUGCUCUUCCCCAACGUCUUCUCCAUGUCCAACCGCUCGCGGCCCUACGCGCUCUCCUACGCCGCCGCCUCGCGCCACAAGUCGCGCGGCGACCGCUCGCUGCCCACCGUCAACAACCCCGCCGGCCUCCCCUGGUCGUCGCGCGACGACCACCACCACCAGGACCACGUCUUCCUCGCCUCCGUCAAGCCCGGCAGCCGCGACGACGACGACGACUACAAGCGCCGCACCGAGAGUGAGGAGAGCAUCAUUGGCACCGACCACGCCGGUGGCAACGGCAUCAUGAAGACUACGAAUGUCUCCAUAUCCAAGUCCUCGCGGACGGAGUAUUCGUCGAAUAGUGGGAGGACCCAGCCCUCGCGAUACUAG